CAAGAUGAUGUGCGAGGUGAUGCCAACCAUCAGUGAAGCAGAAGGCCCCCCAGGAGGAAGUGGGAGCCAUGGGUCCAGCUCCCCUUCGCAGCCAGAUGCAGACUCACAUUUUGAACAGUUGAUGGUGUCCAUGCUAGAAGAGAGGGACCGUCUUCUUGACACACUGAGAGAGACUCAAGAGACGCUGGCAUUAACCCAGGGGAAAUUACACGAGGUUGGCCAUGAAAGAGACUCCUUGCAGAGACAGCUCAAUACUGCACUUCCACAGGAGUUUGCAGCACUUACUAAAGAACUCAAUGUAUGCAGGGAACAGCUCCUUGAAAGGGAAGAAGAAAUUGCUGAACUGAAAGCAGAGAGAAACAACACCAGGCUGCUGUUAGAACACUUGGAAUGCCUUGUCUCCAGGCACGAGCGGUCUCUCAGGAUGACAGUGGUGAAGAGGCAGGCACAGUCCCCAGCAGGCGUAUCCAGUGAAGUCGAAGUCCUUAAAGCACUGAAAUCGUUAUUUGAACACCACAAAGCUCUGGAUGAGAAGGUCAGAGAGCGAUUGCGAGUAGCACUUGAAAGGUGUAGUUUGUUGGAAGAAGAAUUAGGUUCUACACAUAAAGAGCUAAUGAUUCUUAAAGAACAGAAUAAUCAGAAAAAAACACUAACAGAUGGGGUGCUUGACAUAAACCACGAACAAGACAGUACACCGAGCACGAAUGGAAAGCGAUCUUCUGAUGGCUCUUUAAGCCACGAGGAAGACCUUGCUAAAGUCAUGGAGCUCCAGGAAAUCAUAGAGAAGCAGUCGAAAGAGCAGAGCCAGAUGAAGGAGCGCCUGGCUGCCCUCUCCAGUCACGUAACAGAGCUGGAGGAAGAUCUGGACACUGCUAGGAAAGAUCUCAUCAAGUCUGAAGAAAUGAACACAAAAUUGCAGCGGGAUGUCCGUGAGGCCAUGGCCCAAAAGGAAGACAUGGAAGAGAGAAUCACUACUCUUGAGAAACGCUACCUCGCAGCACAGCGUGAAGCCACCUCUGUGCACGACCUCAACGAUAAACUUGAAAAUGAAAUUGCAAAUAAAGAUUCUAUGCAUCGACAGACCGAGGAUAAGAACCGCCAGUUACAAGAGCGCCUGGAGCUGGCCGAGCAGAAGCUGCAGCAGACCCUGAGGAGGGCGGAGACGCUCCCCGAGGUGGAGGCGGAGCUGGCCCAGAGGGUGGCUGCCCUCUCCAAGGCCGAGGAGAGACAUGGCAACAUCGAGGAGAGGCUGCGCCAGAUGGAGGCACAGUUGGAGGAAAAGAACCAAGAGCUACAGCGGGCAAGGCAGAGAGAGAAGAUGAACGAAGAACAUAACAAGCGUCUGUCAGACACUGUUGACAAGCUUCUCUCCGAAUCUAAUGAGAGGCUUCAACUUCAUCUUAGAGAGAGAAUGGCUGCUCUGGAAGACAAGAAUUCUCUAUUACGAGAAGUUGAAAAUGCAAAAAAGCAGUUAGAAGAAACGCAACAUGAUAAGGAUCAGCUCGUGCUGGACAUCGAAGCAUUGAGGGCUGAACUAGACCAGACGAGGCUGAGAGGCGCGUCCCUUCACCACGGCCGACCCCACUUGGGCAGUGUCCCAGAUUUCAGGUUCCCUGUGGCAGACGGUCCCACAGACUCCUACAGCGGCAGUGCCGUGUUGCGGCGCCCCCAGAAAGGCCGUCUGGCAGCCCUGCGAGAUGAGCCGUCCAAGGUACAGACUCUUAAUGAACAGGAUUGGGAACGUGCCCAGCAAGCUAGUGUCCUGGCAAAUGUAGCGCAGGCCUUCGAGAGUGAUGUUGACGUGUCUGAUGGUGAAGACGACAGGGAUACGAUCUUCAGCUCAGCUGGUCUCUUGUCACCCAGUGGGCAGGCAGAUGCCCAGACGCUGGCCAUGAUGCUUCAGGAGCAGCUAGAUGCCAUCAACAAGGAGAUCAGGUUGAUACAAGAAGAAAAGGAAAACACAGAGCAGCGGGCGGAGGAGAUUGAGAGUCGAGUUGGCAGUGGAAGUUUAGACAAUCUUGGUCGUUUUAGAUCAAUGAGCUCCAUUCCCCCCUAUCCUGCUUCCUCGCUUGCUGGCUCCUCUCCUCCAAACAGCGGCCGGUCCACCCCACGAAGGAUUCCGCACAGUCCAGCUCGGGAAGUGGACAGACUAGGUAUCAUGACUCUAUUGCCAGCUUCCCGAGAAGAGGUACGAGAUGACAAGACAACAAUAAAAUGUGAAACCUCCCCCCCUUCCUCCCCGAGGUCCCUUCGAUUGGACAGGCUGCACAAAGGAGCAUUGCAUACGGUCAGCCACGAGGACAUCAGGGACAUAAGAAACUCAACAGGCUCGCAGGACGGCCCCGUGAGCAACCCCAGCAGUAGCAACAGUAGCCAGGACUCGCUCCACAAAGCCCCCAAGAAGAAGGGCAUCAAGUCCUCUAUCGGCCGCUUGUUUGGCAAGAAAGAAAAGGGCCGACCUGGACACCCCGGCAAGGAAUCGUUAGGACCAGCUGGUGUUUCAGAGACAGAAAACUCAUCUCAGGAUGCCUUGGGACUCAGCAAAUUGGGAGGACAGGCUGAAAAAAAUCGUAAACUUCAAAAGAAGCAUGAGCUGCUUGAGGAAGCCCGGAGACAAGGUUUGCCUUUUGCACAGUGGGACGGACCAACGGUUGUCGUCUGGCUGGAGCUCUGGGUCGGGAUGCCAGCCUGGUAUGUGGCUGCUUGCCGAGCCAACGUGAAGAGCGGGGCCAUCAUGUCCGCCCUGUCUGACACGGAGAUCCAGCGAGAGAUCGGCAUCAGCAACCCUCUGCACAGGCUGAAGCUGAGGCUGGCCAUUCAGGAGAUCAUGUCCCUGACGAGUCCAUCAGCCCCUCCUACGUCAAGGACGACGCUCGCGUACGGGGACAUGAACCACGAGUGGAUCGGCAACGAGUGGCUGCCCAGCCUGGGCCUCCCGCAGUACCGCAGCUAUUUCAUGGAGUGCCUCGUCGAUGCGCGGAUGCUGGACCACUUGACCAAGAAAGACCUCCGAGGGCAGCUGAAGAUGGUUGAUAGUUUUCACAGGAACAGUUUCCAGUGUGGAAUUAUGUGCCUGCGAAGGUUAAAUUAUGACCGAAAAGAACUGGAAAGAAAAAGAGAAGAAAGCCAGAAUGAAAUAAAAGACGUGCUUGUUUGGAGCAAUGAUCGAGUGAUUCGCUGGAUCCUGUCGAUCGGUCUGAAAGAAUAUGCCAACAAUCUCGUGGAGAGUGGCGUUCACGGUGCCCUGAUGGCCUUAGAUGAAACCUUCGAUUUCAACGCACUGGCGCUCUUGUUGCAGAUCCCUACGCAGAACACACAGGCUCGUGCUGUCCUGGAAAGAGAGUUCAACAGCCUCUUGGUCGCGGGGACUGACAGAAGGUUUGAUGAAGACGAUGACAGAAGCUUUAGGAGAGCGCCUUCUUGGAGAAAAAAGUUCAGACCGAAGGAUGUUCGUGGCUUAGCUGCGGGGUCAGCAGAGACUCUGCCCGCAAACUUCCGGGUCACUGCCUCUCUGUCCUCGCCCUCCAUGCAGCCCAAGAAGACGCAGCUGGACGGCAGUGUGUCAGGAACGCAGAGGCUGGAUUCUGCCGCAGUCAGGACUUACUCCUGCUGACGCGUCCGUCGUUUACCCACACUACUUCUACAGAUGACCCGCAGCGCUCUGAAUCCAACAAAGACGGCAUUUUAGAAUUCAGUGGAAUCUUUAAUCUGUUAAUACUUGUUAUAUGGACCCUAAGAUAUUUUAUUACAGAGUUUUUAAUUAGUGAAAAAUUCAUGAAUACCAUAGAGAAAAUAUUUUAGAAUUUAAUGUUUCUUAUAUUUAUGUAAACAUAUGACUUCAUUGAUAUAGUUACUUACUUUUUCAUGUAUAUCCAGGCUAUAAAUAUCCUUUCAAAUCGAUUCUGUUCUUAUAUCUAAUUUUAGUCUUUCAAAUGAAUGUACUGUAAUGCCUGUAUGUAUAAAUCCUAUGAAAAAAUAUAGGGCUUUUGUAAAUCGUGCGUUUAUUGUAAUUAUCAUUAAUUUUUUAAUAAUAAUCCAUGAGAGAAAAGGAUUUUACUGCGUUUGUGCGAUCAUCAUGACACGGUGUGCAUUAUCCUUACAAAUGUAACCAGCUCUACAACAAUCAUUUUGAAAUAAGCAGACUUAAUUUCAAGCAAUUGUUGUAUUUUAGUGACCUACCUUACUGUACUUUUUCUAGCAAGAAAUGCUUUCUUCUGCAGCGUGAACAGGUUAAAAGUAUGUGGUGUUAAAUAUCAGCUUCUAAUCAAGUUUGGGCUGAAAGGAUUAUCAGAACACUAUGAACCUCUCUGAGGGCCGGGUCACUUGCAGAGCCUCGUCCCUGGGGACUGGGCUGGCUUGUCGUCGGUGGCCGGCGGAGGCCAGGAGCUGGAAGGACGGACCUGGGUGGGGGAGCCUGGGGCCCACCGCAGCCUGCACCCCCCCGGCUCUGCUCCCGGACGCAGCGUUCGCCCACCCAGCUGCCCUUCGAGGACCAAUCAGGAAGCACCGUGCGCUCUCUGCAAAGACGCUGGUGCACAGAGAAGAUGAAGGCACGGGGUCCUGGAGAUGAUGUAGUGCAACUCUACUAAAGCCUUAUUUUUUCUUCUGUAAAUCAUCUUUUUACGUUUGUUUGUCAACAUGUUGAAAGGAUGGACCUAGUGGUACAUUUUUAGAUUUUGAUGCUCUAGCCGUUUUGGACUGUCCAAGUAGCAAUUGUAACUUUUACUUUGUAAAUGGCACAUUGAAGAGCCAGCCAGCAAUGUGUUCAGAUCACGGUGCGUUAUUUAUUAUACAGCUGAUUUAUACGGAGAGAAGACGCGUCUUUUUACAUUUGUUUCUGCCUUUAAUUUCCUUGUACGAUUCAUUGUUACUGUUCUGUUUUUCUAUUAAUCUUUUGUGAACUUCCUGAUUCUGUAACAAAGUGUGUACAGUCUACUUUUGAACUAUUUUUAUCACAGUAUUAUUUAUUGCUUUCUUUCAAUAAAGUACUGAAGCAUUUUCCACUGCCAAUAAAGAAUACUG